GCUAGAGGAAGGCAGAAGAGUGCAGUCAGUGUUUGGGUCGCAGAGAAAAAUGAGUUGAGGGGCAGGCGUUGCCUUAUGGUAAGUGGUCACUGCUGUAGACUGGACAGGACCGGUUUGAGUCUGGCCUGCGGAAACACCACAUCCAAAUCCAAUGACGCGGCAUGGACAGAUGUCACGAGCAACGUGGCUCCCACAUGCUAGGAAUGCCGAGGCACGCCGGCCAAAACUAUAUAGCCACUGUCAUUCCAGCUCCUGUCUACAAGCAGCCUAUGCCAUGUCAGGGUGUCGCACAUGUGUACACUGUUGACAUCAUAGAUCUGAGAACAAAGACUUGCAUGGGAUACACUCACAAUCCUCACAACACAAAGCCUGCCAAUCACAUGCUGGCCAGAUUUCAGGUGGGCCAUCACAAUGUCGCAUUGAGCAAGUUUCUUUGGGUUCCGCAGUGGAAGAGCCAAACGAUAAUUGUCCAGUACAGCUCACUGGGGGUGGUUCAUGUGAGAGUCCCUUCUCUAGCUCAGGCUGCUGUGUCUGUUCCUCAUUUGACAAGGAUGGAGAGGGUCCGAUUACAGGUGCAGCUGGAGGAUGCCCAGAGUUGCAUCUGGGACACGAACACAGAAGAUGUGGCUGGUGAUGGCAUUGGGGAUCGUUCAGGCAGUAGCAGCGCAUACUCUCCAGGACAGCCUGGCAACACUGACGACACAUGGCAUGUUGCUGACAUGGUAGCAGGAAAGGAGGCUAAUGUUCACAGUUACUCAAGCAUGGAUGCAAAGGCAACAGCAACAUAUCGGGCAAAAGAUAAGGGGGUGGAGGAGAAUGAGUGCAAGGCAACGGGCCACCGUUUCAAUGCAGAGGCUAGCAGUGACCAGCCCUUCGCAGUGUUCACAGCAGAGAUAAUGCUGUGCACACUGCACAUGCUCACUGGAUUGUGCCACUAUGGCAACACAAGGGCAUGGUGCAGCGACCAUCCUCUGGAGGGGGUCCGCUCCUUGCUCACCAUUGGUGGCAGCAACCGUCUGAUCUGCACAGGCAAAAGAUGCAACGCGGCUAGGUAGAGGGGAGGGGGGAGGGUCGGCCGGCUUGUUCUCUGGAAGCUCUAGAGCUCG